UCUGAUCUCUGUCCAGAUAGUAGUCCAGAACGCAGAAGUUUAGAAGAAGAAGACGAAGAAGAAGAAGAACUGAGAGGGGCAGAGGAGAAGGUGGAGAUGGAGAGGUGGGAGGAGGAGGGUCCAUGCUCCCUGAUCCAGUGUCCAGGCACGAACCUGCUGACGCAAGGUGCCGCCCUGGAGCUGCUGAAGACUCGCCCUCGACGAUGGAGCUAUGGCGCUCACAGCUCUGGGGAUGAUGAAGUGAUGCUGAGCGAUCUUUGGCAAGGCUAUCAGGAGGCUACUAGCUUGGAGAAUGGCCAGCGGGCAUUUGAGGCUUUCCUCAUGUCUUUCAUCAGAGUCUAUGAGAACUGGACUCCUACAGAGAAUCCUGUUCCUCUGUCGCAGUUGCAUCCGACAGAUGUGCCACCUCGCCCUGUAUAUGGGGAAGGGUUAUUUGGAACCCCUCUGCUGCAAGGUGGCCAGGGUGAUGUCAUCAUUGGCUGUGCGUCUGGGCAUCCAACACGUGUCAUUCUUGGACUCGUGCAGGAGUUGAAGAUGGUCCGGAAGAUGAUCGCACAAGCAUCAGUGAGCCAGGAUGAUGUGGAACUGAAGCUUCGAGAUGCGGAGGAGAAUGCAUUCGGUUUAAGCUUGCUGCACGCGCUAAAUAUCGCUACUCGGUCUGCCCACAACAGAAGAAUAUUUGUGUUCUAUGAAGGUUUUGGAAACCUCAUGCGAUUGAUGAAAGCUGCUGUGAUACAAGUGAAGGCCGUUGCAACAGCAAUGACGAGUGACAGGAAUCCCAGCUCGCUCAUCUUCACACAGUUGACAUUUUUGCAGUUGCUCCUUGCACACGUCAUUUCCAUUGUUGCAAACUUUGUGGAGGCAGAACUCAAUCAUCAGUCCAGGUAUUCAGAAACCAGAUCAUCUUCCCCAAGGAGCAGACCUGGCUCAGGUAGUUGGGGUAUUGGCAUCGGAGCCGCCGAUACGCUUUCGUACCCUGGAAGUGCUGGUAGUAGCCGACCAAGCAGCCGGCCAGCAAGUCCUCGACAUCGACAUUAUGGUGGUGGGAGUGGGAAUGCAAGCCCGGUGAACCCUCACUUCACGUCCAUGGAAUCUGUACCACUACUGGAGACUAAUGGAUUGAAUUGGUGUGUUGAGCUUUUGCGAAUCCUCCGUCGAUUGCGAGUUGAAGGUCUGUUGAACGACUCCGCUCUUGAACGGCUGACACUACGCACCCUCAGAUCAGCAAUUGCAUGCAGCUACAGAGUACAAAACCAUUUCCGAAGUAUUGGUGGGCUGGACGUUUUGCUGGAUGGCCUUGGAUGGCCCUCCUUGCGGGGCUUGUUUCGCGAACGGCUCUCUGCUGGACAUCUGCCUGGCGAAGAUGACCGGAUUGCUGGCCAGCUGGAGGCAGAGUUUCAGAUGCAGCUACUCUCUCUCCGGGUGAUACGAGAAGCUGUGUAUCCUUUUCGUCUUCCCCAUUUGAGUCAAAAGGUUUGGACCUCUUAUGUGCUGGACACCAUUGCUGGUCUGGGGUAACAUGUUUCAUGUUUCACCAGUUUUCCCUGAGUCUGCAGCUAGCUUGAGGCUGGGAGAGAUCCUGUAAAGGUCUGGUGCACCUUUGCUAUAGAAGUCUGUUCUCACAGAGAAACAAACAAACAUGAUUCAUUAGGGGCCUGGAAACAUUCCAUAUUGGCCUUUAACGACUUUGCAAAGCUGUGCUGAGAGCCUUUGAAGAAGGAACAAGUUCAGAGCAAAAGAAACUGCCUGGUAGCCUGGUGCUGCCAGCGGGACAAGAUUGUUGGUUAAACCACCAGUUCACGCCCCGGCACUGUCCUGCUAUUGCAGUAAACUGCACCCUGACCU